AUGACGGACUCUCUCAACCCCCCACUCUCGUACGAGGCUUCUGCCACCACCACUCAUCCUCAUGAGGCGACCUCACUGCCAACCGAAGUGAUUUCAUGUCUGAAGAACUCGCGCUUCCUUCAUCUGGCAACAUGUGAUGGCACGACCCCCCACAUCUCCCUCAUGUCCUACACCUACCUCCCCUCGACACCCUUUGACCCCUACCCGACCAUCAUCAUGACCACCAACCCAUCCUCGCGUAAGACCAACCACCUCCUGUCCAACCCGCGCGUUUCGCUGCUGGUCCACGACUGGGUCUCGCACCGCCCGCCGACCCGAGCCCCCAAUCCGCACGGCGAUCGCGACGGCUCUCCUCCACCGGCGGCAACCCGUUCAUCACUGGCUAGUCUGUUGCUGAACCUGAACACGAGCGCCCUGUCCAGCAUCUCGACCACAAUCACCGGCGACGCUCAGUUCUUGGAACCCGGAUCCCCGCAGGAGACUUGGUGCAAGGAGCGACAUCUAGAGAACAACACCUUUGAAGAGGAGGAGAUCAGCUUGUUUGGUCAGCAGCAGCGCCAGGAUCCAAGUCAGAGACGACCGAGUAUGUCUAUCGAUAGUGAUGUGCGCGUGGUUACGGUCCGAGUGACCGAGGGCCGUAUUGCGGACUGGAAGGGUGGUGUGCGCGAUUGGGUCUUACUCCCGCCUACAGAGGACCAGCAGGUUGCGCUGGUUAAUGGCGUGCCCUCGUAG